GGACGCUUGACAACCACGUUUUCACUCUGUCUAGGAUCAUCAGAUCGUCGCCAUAUUUAGCCCCAGCAAUGAUGGUGGUUCCCAAUAUCUAUCUCCAGGCGACUAAACGACUCGCCGACCGAAAUGCCUAGCAUGCAAUUUUCUAUCGAAGCCACUUGACACAUUCCGUCCAGUUGCCAAGUCAAGAGACUGAUCAGCCUAUGCAUAUCACAUGCCGUUCAGGCCUAUAUGAUGGCGGGCGAUGAGAAAUGAGCCCCGCAAUUUCAACAGCAAUCGUCUCUUGUGGUUCGUCAGUGUCCUGUUCCCCCUUGUGGACUUUUUGUUUCUUUUUCUUUGUUCUCUCCGUUGCUGCAAUAUCUCGACGACAUGUCAAACUCCCAAUUAACCCUGUGCACUCCCGUCUUUUGUGGCUUUGGAGUUCCACAUGGACCCAAGUUCUUGAGGCUGAACAUGAACAUCUGAAUCUCCUUGGGCCAAGGGUAGGUGGUCUGUAUGGAAAAAGGAGGUCUUGGUAAUGCUUGAAGGUACUA